GGUGUGCUGCUAUGCUCAUUGAGUCGAAAGCAGGCUAACCGUUGACAGGUCCUCCUAAGCCGGAGAACCUCUAUCUAAGCCUUUUGCACUUUCAAUAGUAUAUAUAUUUUUACUUGAUUGAAUACCUGAAACACUAGAACUGAAGGAAAAAUGCGUCACAUACAUGUGGAUAUUGCACGUAAAGAGGCCCCGGUGGAACUUCCAGAGCAACAGGGGGACUUGCCUUCCUCUAAUGGGGUCAUGGUUGCCGCUGGGACUAGACAUACGCUGACCAGACCCUUUGGGGAUGAGGAAAUCAAAUUGCAAAAGGUCUAUCAGCUUUCAAUCUUCUCCCAGAUGGGGCGAUUCAGUGAGGUCUCUGAAGAGCAGAGGAUAUUGAGGCCUGGAAUGAAGAGAGGACUGGAAGGGCCAUUGCAGAGCUGUAAGCGUCCUCACCUGGAAGGGGAGUAUACUGAAGUCAAGUCCACGUAUGAAUCUCCUGUGGAGGUUCUAGAGGGUGAAAUAUUGUGUGGGCAGCAUUUCUCCUGCACUGCCACACACUUGAUUGAGCACACAGAUGGUGUGCCCACCCAAGCCUGCUCCCAGCCCGCCUUACCUAACAUCCCCUUAAAACAUCCAACACAGCACAAUCAAAAUGGGCUUGUCCCAAAUGCACAGACCACGCACUCCUCCGGAAACAAGCUCCUGGCAGUAGAUUCUGUUCAACUCCGAAGCCCUGUUUCCCAAACUUUCCUGGCCAGGAACACAGCACAAUCAGUGUGUGCUAUGCCUGACUGCACCCUAGGUGACCUGGGUACUGAAGGCUGUAUCAAGAGAGGCUCUGCAGAACCGCAAUUGCCCAGCAAUGCAGAGCUCACUGACCAGGCAUUUGGAGUUCCAGCACUAUCUAUUACCUCAGACCUCCAAAGACACUUUGAGCUUAGGGAUAUGCAGGCUAACCGAGAAUCAAGUCCCCUGAAGUCCAAUGGUUUGCAGGCUGUCCACACCAAUGGUCUGGCAUCCUCAGAGAAAACCCCUGUAUCCCUACCAAUACCUUCUUCCAGCCUGUCUACUCCUAGUACGUGCUCCGCUAGGAAAAAGCUUCUGUCUUCCAGUGAUACAGGGGAGUCCUGCUCUGAAGACGAAGGCCCGUCUACCUCCAAGAGAAGCCGUCGAGGCCUGCAGGCCCCCGGCUUGUGCCUUGGAGCCUUCCGCAGUACUGAUGCCAAGGCUGCCCCCUUUUGGAACCACCUGCUGCCCUCCACUCAGGAGCAGCCCAAGAGUUCAAGCAACUGUUCCAAAGUGGGAUCGAGACUUAAAAGCAGCAUUCGCUUAAAAUCACGUCAGCUGCGCAGUGGACGCAGGCGAGAAAUCAGCAGCCCCUCUCGCUCCAGCUGGCCUUCUGUCUCUAUUAGCCGCUCCCUCCUGGGCAACUUUGAGGAAUCUAUUCUGAAGGGCCGCUUCUCGCCGUCGGGUCAGAUUGAGGGCUUCACUGCCGAGAUUGGAGCUAGUGGAUCCUACUUCCCACAGCACGCCACCCUGCCUGUCCAAGUCACCUACUACGACAUCUCUGAGCACAGCGCCCCAUCCCCCUUCCUGGGAGUGAUCUACCUAGAGGCUCUGGGAAAGAAGGGCUACAGCAUCCCCAAAGCAGGGACACUCCAAGUGACCUUAUUUAACCCCAACAAAACAGUGGUGAAGAUGUUCCUGGUGACAUAUGACUUUGGGGAUAUGCCUGUAAAUCACAUGACCUUCCUGCGCCACCGCAUCUUCCUGGUCCCUGUUGAGGAAGCAGAAGGACAAGUGGCUAAUGUAGAGGGAACGGCCAUGGAUAGGAAGAAAAUUCUCUGCUACCUGAUGCACCUCAGAUUCCAGAGCUCCAAAUCUGGGAAAAUCUAUUUGCACGAUAAUAUACGGCUGCUAUUCUCCCGCAAAUCCAUUGAGGUAGACACGGGAAUCCCUUACGAGCUGAAAUCCUUCACCGAGGUGCCAAAAAACCCCAAAUAUUCCCCUCGAAUGUGAUGACUGCCCCCCCCAAAUCAGUUACUAGUGGACUAAGGAGCAGAAAAAAGGACUGCUUAUAUGUGAAAAGAAAGAGAUGGAGAAAUUUGAAAGACAAGCACCCUUCACAAGACUGAAUUCAGUGUUAACCUACAUGCCUCGUAACAAAACCCGCUUUCUGCUACUGCUGUUUUAGUGACAGUAUUGCUCUUUAUUCUGCUUACACCCUCAUGGGACCCGCAUCCCUGUCCCUGCAGCAGAAUGGAUGGCUGGCUGCUCUGUGGCUCAGCCCAGUGCCUCAGUCACGCACAGGGCAUCCCACACGGCCCACUUUUCUAAUUGCCGUCUGUGUCAAAACAUAUCUGGGAAAAAGAGUCAAACAAAAUAAAUGGGUGAAAUUCCAAAUGACAUUGGAAGGUUGCCGUUCUGAGAAAUAAAAUGGGAAAGGUUUUGUUUAUGGGGCGACCUCUUUAUCGUAAUGAACCAUACCACUUGUGUUUUGGCAGAAAUCGUCCAAUAAAACCUAUUGUCUUACCCAUGGGAACAGUAGCAUUGUAAUGAGGGAGAAUGGGUUAGUUGAUGCUUUGUUCCUUAUCUGGUCUUUUUUUUUGUGUACAUAGAGUGCAAUUGUGUAUUAGACCUGUUACCAUUAAGUGACAGGCCAAUAAAUAAUGCUGUUUAAUUUAUUAGUAUAGCUUAAAGCAAUAUGCUGCACAGUUAGUAUGUAAUGUUGAUUUGAAGUCCUUAAUGUACAGUGAAUUCUACAACAGUAGUAUGAACAACAAGGAAAGGCAUUUGUGUGGUUGGAGUAUCAACCUAAAGGCAUACUUCAUAUAUAUAUAUAUAUAGAUAACAUAUAUAUAAUUUUCAUUUCUAUUCCAGCUCCACGCCUUGCAUUAAAGCUGAGCAUUGAGCUGGAAAGUUAUUUCAUCUGCUGGCGUUCUGUCAUUUAUUUUCUGCCUUGUAAUUUCUGUUGUGCAAGAAUCCGGGCAAUUAGAAUUCUGUGCUGUAUUCACUGCUAGCUCACAAUCAUUAGCUACCUGAUAAGAUCCUAAGACCCAGAGGUAUUAAACACCAGGAAUGACUGUCCAGAGCAAGGCUUUAAGCUAAGACUGCAGACUGCAAGGAACAUUUUUUUGAUUUAAUUGUGAGAUAAAUUUUGAAUAUUUAACAAAGUUUGGAUGUUUAAUUUUUAACAAAAUCUGGAAUCCAGAAGUGUGAAACCAUUUUGUUAAAUUUUUGUUCAAUAAAAUCUAUUAUCUAUAGUAA